AUGGAACCGACUCCUCGGCACCGCGCCGACAUGAUCUCGUUCUUCACUUUCGACUCUUAUAUCUCAAUUGUCGGCGUUGCGUACACUGCCGUAGGUGAGUUGGAAGAAGGUAGCCAAAAAAUAAGUAACACAUGAGUUUUUUGCAGGUCUCCUAGGUGUUGUGUGCAAUGUGACAACGGUAAUUAUGAUAAUGACGAACCGAGUCUUCCGUCUUUCCGCAUACACAAUCAUGGCCAAUGUUGCGCUGGCGGAUAGUAUUGUGAUGUUGAUCGGUGAGUUGGGAACGGUACAAACAAAGAUUUUUUCAAGAAAGUGGAGUCUAAUGUUCUUAAAUUCAUUCAAAAUCAUCUUGUUAACCACGUGCAGAAAAAAAGUUGGAAACCGUAUUGAACAGGUUUUCGGAAUAGUUGAAAUUGGCAGCAGCCGUCGGAAGAUCAGCAGUUUGUCCCUCGUUGAAAGUCACCAUGUUACGGAUGUUCUUUUCGUUGCUCACGGAGUUUCCAGCAUUGCCUCCUACACAACACUCAAAUUAAAAAGACAAAAAAUACAAUUUUAACUGACCAAUCCUUUCAUCGGAGCACAGGGCCUUGUUCAUGGCUCCCAUGGCCAUGUUGCAGAAACGAUCCGUAAAUCCAAUGUUAGUCAUUUUCUUGAGCUUGUCGUUCCUGGAGUGGGGUCCAGAACAGUGAUCAAAUAUCAUUCUUCAAUUGUGCAUUCUGUCUCUGACUCGAUCAGAUUAUAUAGGCACCUAGAUCAUUACGAAUUUUAUUGUUCUGUGAGCGGACGGGGCGAAAAUCCCGCUGAAAAAAGGUUAUUUUUAUGCGGGUUGUGGAGGUGAGUUGAUGAAGCCAUCAUAAGCAACUGUUCAACAUCAAGCAAACAAAAGGCAAAAGUUGGAAGCCAAAUAAAUCGCCGAUUCGUUCCGUUUUUCGCCGAUUGUUUGCCCGAGGUUGAACAGUGGAUAGCCAUGCGGGGGUAUAGCUCAGUGGCAGAGCAUUCGACUGCAGAUCGAGAGGUCCCCGGUUCAACUCCGGGUGCCCCCUACUUUCUUUUGCCUUUUUUGAUAAGUAACAUUUACUUUUCAUAUGAGAAAAAACAGUCAAAAUACUUUUUUUGCAGCUGGAAUCGCGUGCGGAAUGGAUGUAAUGUGGCCAGACCCGGACGACUCGACGUCGUUUAUUCCAAGCCUAGAGGAACCUCUCAUAAAGGUACAAUUACCUUUGUAACCACACUAUAGACUUGUCAUGAAUCACUUUUCAAAAUUCCAAGUAUCUAAAAUAAUUAUUUUCAGGUGCCACUUCGCAACGAAACACGAUCAGCUGAUUAUGACAGUGGAAACAUUCACGCGGUGCUCUCAUUCUCAUUUGUUGCUGCGUGGACAGCUGGAGUGGUUAGUUGGGGGCAAAAAGUGCCUAUAUAAUCGAAACACCGUAGAAAUUUUUGAUUUAAAAUUGAGGGAAAGUAGUGGAAAGUUUAAAGGUACAUCGUUUUUCAGAUCAGCUACGCAAUGCUGGGAAUGAACCGAUGCAUAGCCAUUUGCUACUAUGGUACAAAAGCAAGAGCUCUGAACAGAGUCUCCGUAGCGGUGGCGUGCUCCGCAAGCACUUGGGUCAUAGGAAUUGCAGCUGCAUUGGUUGGAACGCUGUCUCAGCCCAUGAUCGGUAUCCAAAGAUCCAUGUGGAGCAUCAGUUUUCUUGAGCCAAGACCUCAUACCAGUAAGUCAAAGUUUACUUACUGUAAUCCAAUCGCUCUUACAGCUUUAUUUUUCACUAUUCUCUGCGCUGCGAAUCUUCUGGGUCUUGGAGCUCAAUGGGUCUGCUCCACGCUUGUACUUCUCAAAAUCCGCCAAGUGAAAAAGAAGAUCAGCAAAAACAAGUUGAACCAAAACUCGGCUAACCGGUUCCGAAAACAGGUCAAUUUCUCGUAUUAGUCUCAGAAAAACAAUAAUAUCUUUUGUUUAGGCCCGUCUCACAUUUCAAUUCUUCUACCCUUCAAUUCUCUGUACUAUUUCUACAUUUCUUUUCUUUAUCAAGCCAUAUGCAUAUGAAUCUUUUUCCGGGUGGCAAUUAGUGAUCCUUCAUUUGGUCAGUGAUCACUACUAUGACGAACAUCUCUUUUAAUUUUAGCUCUGGUUGUGCAACCACACUUGUAACCCCUUCAUUUACGCGUAUUUCAACGAUAGGAUGCGUUUAACCUAUAAGGAAAUCAUCAGUUGCGCCGCCAUCCGCUACCAAAUCCGUAAACGACGAUCGAGCCAUCCGUUCCGAAUGCACGGACGUCAUAACGUUUCAAAGUGAGUACACAGUCUGAUGUCUGACCUAAAAUUGCAAUUUUUUACCGUUUCACCUGCAUUCAUCUAAUUUUCAGACGAUCAAACGCAGCUGGAAUGAAAUCGACGCGCAUUUCGGCCAGAUCUGGACGCACCACACGAGACGGCAAUUUUGUGCGUAACUCUUUACAAAUGCAGGUGCGUAAAGGCCAUACGGCUAGACGUUGAUGUCUAUUUUUGACUUUAAGAGUCGAGAUUUCGAGCAACUCUGCGAAUUCAUCAUGAGAGUCAAUCCUUUGUAUGAUUCGAGCGAGGGAUGGAGGGAGAGCAGCGACGAGGAACCGUUCCAGCAGGAGGUCAGAGUUUUGAAUUUCAAUCAGGAAGGGACCGGCUCGGCCUUGGCCUACACUUUUGAUCAACCUGCAAUAUUCUUGAACUUUGACUGAACUAUCCGAUCUGGAAACAAACUGAUCAAGGGGUCCAAGCAAAGGCCGGCCAAGUACUCAGCCCUGAUUUCAACACCGUCUUGGCUGAAAGUGGUCUUUGAUUUUUUUUGUCAAAUUACUUCAUAGAAAGACUAUAAUUUUAGGGCAAACACUAGUUCAAAAUAUGUUAACUAAAUGGUAAACAUUAGGAAAAAGGGGUGAUUACAGUCCACAACCUUCACGAAUACAAGAGUUGGUGAGUAAAAUGAGCACUGCCCAGCUGAAAAUUGCGAUGGAGCUAGUUUUUCAAAAAAACAUGAUGCUAAUAACGCUUCUCUCACUAAUUCUUCCACUCCUGCCAAAUUUCCUCCUUUUCGCUCACGACUUCCUCAAGCUGAACCCUGAAGGCUCCAUUCUCUCUUACAACUUUUUCUUUUUUCAGUUCACGAAAGAGUUAGAGUCAACACAUAAUCAAGGCGGAGGCGGAUCAUCCCGUUUUGAAAGCGAACGAGAGGCAAAGUCGAUCGUUCUGGAUCUGGGACGGCAGACUGUCGAGCACUGGGUCAAGUUUGCCAAGAAAGCGAGCAUUUAG